CGCUUAGUUUGCAUUUCCAGCUUUUUUUAGGCAAAGAAAAUGUGUUCCUAUUCCCAAACUGUUAUAUAAGCACAUCUGGAUAUUAACUGUUUUUACACAACAAAGGCUAGGCUAUGAUUCAAACAUAUUCUUGACAAAUACAUAUUCAUUUUUGUUUGUUUGGCUUGUUGGGCUAUUUAUGCAGAACAACAAAUCAGUGCAAAACCAUAAAAGAUACAUUUGUCACUGUCCUGCUGUGAAAACCAUGUAUUUGCAAAACAUCAACAUUUUUUUUAUCACUUAUUAAAAACAGGCUGUGUUCCGCUUUGCGACAAUACACUUAUCACAUUAUCCAUAUCUUUUAAUUGUUUAUUUAACUGAAUUGGUCAAUAGGAAAUCAUCUCAUCUGGAUAUACAUGGGUGUCUUUGGAAAGCGCAGACAUUUGUACAUAGUUAAUUGGUUGACAACAUUGCCAUGGAUACUCAUGUUAUGAUGAAGACUCUCUGGAUAAACAUACAGUGCAUACUUAUCACUUUUCUGUUUGGAUAGUCUUUUCAUGUGGGAAAAUGGAAAAUUAUAAAACGCAUUCAUUCUUUGAAAAAGCUCACAUCUUCCAUUGCGCAUCCCAGUGUGUGUUGGUGUCCAUUUGUGUGUGAGGGAUUUGACAGGCAGCAUGCAAAACACCACAAACAAAUACUGUUUAUAAACCAUGCAAACUUUGUGGGCAGCUGAGCUCGAUACCGAAGAAAGCUAUUAAAAGAAAAUCCUGCAUGGGCCAGCUAAUGUUCCUCUAUCUCGGCAGCAGUCUGAGGCAAAAUGUUUUCAGGUGGCAAGUUAAAUGAAGUUAUUGCUCAAACAGUUUUCAGUCAUGAUGUCACUGCCUUCUUAGAUGCACAUAAAAAAAUAGGCUGUAAAGCUGCAUAAAUAUAGCUCUCUCUGGUACCCAUGCCGGUUCAGACGUGUGUUUGCUGAUGCAUCCAGAGCAUGUAGGCCAGUCUGCCCCCAGCACUGACACAGUUUGUGAUCCCAAGUGGGGGUCUGAGAGAGUCUCAGAUAGAGUUUCCCCCGUUCCCCCCGUGCCUCCAGUGUUAUUAAUAAACACAAAGUGUGCCUCUGUUUUCCUAGAGACAGACACAGCGCAGAGCUGUCCUUAAAGUUAAACGCAAACUGUCUUUACAGCUGUCUGGACUGUCAACUCCAAACAAAAAGGCCAUGGACAAUCAAACAUCAGCAGAGAAUGAGAAAGAUGUGGUAUCUGAGGACUCACACAUUAGAUUUGUUGAUAUCACAGACAGCAUCCAUACUGACUCUGAAACAGAGACAAAUAUUCCCCCAGAUGAGUGUACACCACAUCCCAUAACACAAAUGGACCAGGCAGUCAUGGACAGCUUGGGACAGCUUUUCGACCAGUGCAUCCAGCAAGUGUCCCACCUGGAGAUGCAGAGGAAUGAGCUGAUACAAGAGCUCCUCCGUCUGCAGGAACCCAUGCUGCGAGUUGUGGAGCACCUGAGAGGGAGGCUGAUGGAGACGAAGAGGCUGCUCAUGCUGGCUCAGAUGGAUUAUAUCGCCGUUUACGAGGAAGUGCAACAGGUGAAGAGGAAACUGUUUGCCACUGCCAAAGACUGCAUCCAGAGCCAGGUGACGCUGGCUGCACAGCAGUAUGAGGUGGCUGAGUCCGCAGUUACGCAGGAGGAGCUCAAGGCCCACAUCCAAAGUCUCACCCAGGAGUUGUCCCAGCUCCAGGAGGCCUACCAGAACCAAGUAAACUCCCUGAGGGACCGGGCCAACAAAUCCUGCAGGCCCAGGGCCAUGAGUGAUGUCAGUCAAUGCCGCCAGGCUUCUGUCAGACUGCAGCGGCGGCUCAGUGGCAGCAUGAGGGCACUGGAGAGUUGGUACGAGCCUCGACUCACGGCCCUCCUGAGAAGAAAGCAGAUUGGGGAGGACGCCCUGAGAAAGAGCAGGGAGCAGGCCAUAGACCUGAGGGCCAGCAUUGGGCCCCUGAGAGAGGACAUACAGAGACUGGAGGUGCAGAGAGCCUGUCUGGUGGAGAGGAUCGCUCUGAUGGAGAGGGAGAGGGAGGAGAGCGUUGCACAAUACAAGGAGACUGUGGAGUCAUUAAAAGAGACUCUGAGGGAACUACAAGUGGAGUUUGAGGUUCAAAGAAACUCUAAGAAAGACUUGGAGGAUCAUAAGGAUGGCCUUGUAAAAGAGCUGACAUUUCUGAGCACAACUGAUCAAGAGGAAAAAAACAAACCUGAAAGUUGGACACAUCUGAGGCCGUUUCAUCACAGACCAGAGUAAAUUUAAGUUUAAGUGCUGCCCAAAAUGUAUUUUAGAAACACAUUACUGCUUAUGCACAU